CCGAAGCAGCCAAAGAUGGUCUCCGCCUAGACCUUCGUCAAGAUCACCACUCCUUGCACGACCUCCGGCACCUACAGUUGGAGAUUUAGCCACGGAUGGAAUGCUUUUUACCGUCCAGGCGGUCCCGCGUUAUCAAGUGCCUGAUGUGGAGCUGAGGAGGGGUGCUGAUGUCACCGUCAACCCACAACCUCAGAGUCCGAGGCAGGUCUUGCAACUUAUCACAAAGGAAAAAAACUACAAUCGCGUCACAUUACUCUCCGCACUCAGAUGGGUCAUUUACCAUUUGAACGACGCAGCCAAUGGGCCACCAAUGCUUGUGGAAAUAAGUUUUGGCAGAGUGCCUCGGGGACUGCGCAAGAUGCGCUGGAUACGCAGGACAGCCUUCGGAAACCCAAACAUUGAUUCGGGCACUCCGAUAAGAAGAUUACCAGAAACCUUUGAAUCAUUAAAUGACUGGUUGUUUAGAACAGCUGUACACAAUAAUAUUGAACGCGCGCAAAACCCACUACCGCCGCCCCCUUUACAGCCGGAAGUGGCCCCGGAUGAUAGACGAGUCUCCUCCUCCGACCCGAAUGCUUGCCGUAUAUGCUUUUCACACGCGGAAAAAAUAUGGAUCAAGCCGUGCAAUCACCGAACAUGUAAAAGCUGCAUCCUGACAAUCCGCAAAGAGGCAGUCGAGGCUCAGGGAGACAUGAACGCCUCUUACAAAUGUCCCUUCUGUAAGCGCUUUGUUGAAGAGUGGAAGGAAGAUGGCCCAUAUCCAAACAGUAACCCAAAUGUCUCCUGAAAGACACGCCUACUUGUUCCAAGGUCCUUUACCCUAUCCCAGGUACAACAGAUUGCAAUGAGUAGCAAUAGCAAUGCAUAGUA